CCCUAAUCAUCAUUCGAGAGGAGCCCCUGAGGAAGAAAAUGGAACAAACACACACACACACAAAGAGAGUAGAAAUGCUUCUGAACAGCAUUGUGAUGGACAAGAGGUCCAUUCCAUGCAUCAAAGUCUAAACAUUGGCUCAAACGCAUACGGUCCCACUUGCAUUUAUCGGCAACCGUACUUCUUACACUCUCCUCCUCCUCGUUUAUCACUACAACCUUCACCAUCAUCUUGGAUCCUUUCUCUGUAAGGAGCUCACGUCAAAGGUAUAUCUAUCUGCCCUAUUCGGGUAUUCUCCUCUUACUUCAUACUUUUUUAGUCGCCGUUCAUUAGCCUUCCUUGGCAUUUUACUCCAGUACAUCAUGAGUGCUCGCGGAUCUUUUCAAACAGACGAACGUAGGCCUUUGGCAAUGGUGGAUACGGAUACAAUUGAUUAUUUUGACGAUAUUGGAGGAAUACCACCUCCUCAUCGAUUAUCAGGCCUAUACAAUCAAGGCGGUCAUUCACCUUCUUCCUCUGGCUUCAAUUUAGCCACAACAACCGGACAAGAUCAUUUCUCACCUUCUCAAAGUCAAGAUUUCAACAAUAUGGCCAACUCUCAUAGCUUUGCUUCUGCGGGAAUUUAUGAUCAUCCAUCAUCAUCAGGACAAUUACCCAUGCAUCCUUCGUAUAGCUUUGGUAACAAGAGCGAAUAUGGCUUAGGUGAUGAUACAUACAAUAAUACUGCUGACGAUCAAGCUUUCUUGGGAGGUGGAGCGGUAGAACGUGGUGGAAUGUCACCUGCUGUGGCAGCCCGAGAAAGAUAUAUGGCCAGAAAGGAAGCACAAGGAAAUCCCUAUGCAUAUGGAGCUGGGGAAGCAGGAGCAGCGGGAUCCAGAGGAUGUUUCAGUGGAAAACGUAAAUGGGCAUGGAUCAUAGGUGCAAUUGUUCUGAUAGCCGUGAUUGCGGGUGUUGCAAUCGGAGUGAGCAUGCACAAGAAAUCUUCCACUGACGGAGCUUUGGGAGUAGUCCAAGAAAAUGGAAACGAUCCCAGUCAGUUCAGCAAAGAUCCAAACCUACAUCAAAGCUUCUAUGGAAUGUGUUAUACACCUUUGAAUGCACAAUAUCCUGCUUGUGGCGAUAGUCAAGACGCAGUGAUUGAAGAUAUUCAGUUGAUGUCACAAUUGACAACCAGGGUCAGAACAUACGGUGCAGAUUGCAAUGUUCCCGAAUACGUUUUGCAAGCUAUUGAUGUAACAAAGGUGAACAUGACUGUUUAUUUGGCUGCAUGGGUUCCGCAACCUGCUGAUGAUCCCAGUAAUACGACAUGGAACCGUCAAAUGAGUGAAGUCAUUGCCGCGAUCAAGAAACAUGGUCCUGAUCACGUUGAUGGAGUGACGGUAGGAAAUGAGUAUUUGUUGAACGGUGGACCGGAAGAUCAAUUGUUGGCAAAGAUGCAACAAAUGCGAGAUGCUCUCAAAACGCUCAAUCUUACCAAAACGAUUCCAGUCGGUACUGCUGACGCAGGCAGUAUGAUAACAACAUCAUUAGGACAAGGAAGUGAUUAUGUUAUGGCAAACGUUCAUGCAUGGUUUGGAGGAUUACCCGUUGAUCAAGCAGCCGGUUGGGUUUGGUCUUUUACAGCAAAUCAAGAACCUGCAUCGGCUUUAUUGGCAACCAAUAAGCCUCCAUUGUACAUUGCUGAAACUGGAUGGCCAACAAGUGCAAAUGAUACGGCUGCAAUGACUUAUCAAGCAGCCGUUGCCGGAGUUCCUGAAUUAAACACUUUCUUGAGCACUUAUGUUUGUCAAGCAAACGCAAAUGUUACAGCAGGAGAUCAAUUUUCCAAAUAUUUCUUCUUUGAAAUGUUCGAUGAGCCUUGGAAAGCCAUCUAUGGAGGUGUUGAGCCCUAUUGGGGACUGUUCAACUCCAACAAAACGCUCAAAGCUGGUUUGACGUUACCUGAUUGUUCGCAUCCUUGAGUAGAUGCUCUUUUAAAUGUAUUGCUAUUUGCGACCUGCCCUAUCUGGUCUUGUUUAAUUUUCUUGACAUUGUUUAUGUACGUAUUUAUUCUGAUGAUGAGAAAUGCUAUGGACUUUAAAGC